AUGUUCUCUCCUGCAACCAUUGCCUUCGCAGUAGUUGCAAUUGUCUUUGCCCUCGGUGGAUUCAUCUCUAAUGGCUUUAUAACUGCAGUCAUUCUCAGGGAAUGGACCAAAUCCAGGAGCCUUGCUUCCAAUGAACAACUCCUUCUGAGCUUGGCUGUGUCCAAUUUCUGGGCCACAGCAUUACUGAUUCCAUUUUACAUCAAUGCCACCUUUAGGGAUGACAGCAUCAGCAACCUCUUCCUGUUGCCAGGACUAUACCUUCUUGCUACUUUUGUCAUCAUGUCCAGAUUCUGGUUCACUGCCUGGUUAUGCUUCUUCUAUUGCAUCAAGAUAGUAAACAGCACCCACUCUCUCUUCCUCUGGUGCAAACUGAGGAUACUGUGGCUAAUACCCAGGUUUCUAGCAGGAUCUCUGUUCUGCUCAUUUCUUUUUUCUGCGUUUGCAUUACAGUUUACUUCUAGACAAAUCCAAAGCAACAUAGCAGUGAAUGUUACAAACACAACUGAAGUGAAGACAUCGAAGCAUACACUCAAUACCUUUGAAGCCUUCUUUUUAGCUGUUGGUUCUGGUUGUCCUUUUCUUGUGGUUCUACUUUGCUCCAUCUUAGUCGUUGCCUCACUUUGCAGGCAUGUCUGUCGGAUUACAGGUAAAGACAUCCAUGGCAGGAGUCUCCAAACCGAAGUUCACAUCAAAGCAGCCUGGACAGUGCUCUCCCUCCUGCUCCUUUACAUAUCAUAUUAUGCAGCACAUACCUUGUCUAUUAUUGUGACCUUGGGAAAAGACGAAGGGAUCUUGGCAGCAAUGGUGAGAAUUGUGUACCCCUCUGCCCAGGCUUCCAUCUUGCUGCUGGUUAACCCAAAGCUAAAGCAGGCAGCUACUCAGGUGCUUCAAAGAGUCAAGGUGUGA